UUUCGUUUACGUUGUCUGUGACGUUCUCGAUUGGCGAUAUCGGAAAGUGGGUGUUGUUUCCGUCAGCCGUCCGUCAGUCUGCGAUUAAGAGUAUCGCGCCACGUUUAAGGGUUAGAUAGGAUCGCAGACAGGAAAUCUUAGUGGAUCACCCUCCUGGGAAGUCAUGCAUUGAUUUUGACUCAAUUGGUCACCAUUACCCUCUGUCAAGAUGAUAGGGGGUUUAUUUGUUUACAACCACAAGGGGGAGGUACUCAUCUCUCGAGUAUAUCGGGAUGAUAUUGGUCGUAACGCAGUGGAUGCGUUUCGCGUCAACGUUAUCCAUGCGCGACAACAAGUACGCUCGCCUGUAACCAACAUUGCCAGAACAUCGUUUUUCCAUAUAAAACGCGCUAAUAUCUGGUUAGCUGCCGUCACCAAACAAAAUGUUAAUGCAGCCAUGGUAUUCGAGUUGCUGCUAAAGAUCAUAGAUGUUAUGCAAUCAUAUUUUGGCAAAAUUUCAGAAGAGAACAUUAAGAACAAUUUCGUGCUCAUUUAUGAGCUGCUUGAUGAGAUUCUUGAUUUUGGAUAUCCACAGAACUGUGAUACAGGAGUGCUGAAGACGUUUAUCACUCAACAAGGCGUGAAAUCAGCUACUAAGGAAGAACAAGCUCAAAUAACAUCGCAAGUCACCGGCCAGAUCGGAUGGAGACGAGAGGGCAUCAAGUACAGGCGUAACGAGCUUUUCUUGGAUGUACUUGAAUAUGUGAAUCUAUUAAUGAGUCCUCAGGGUCAAGUUCUCAGCGCGCAUGUUGCCGGAAAGGUGGUAAUGAAAUCCUAUUUGUCCGGCAUGCCGGAAUGCAAGUUUGGGAUUAAUGACAAGAUCGUUAUGGAAGCUAAGGGCAUGAAAGGUGGUGGGGGAUUGGGAGGCGGCGGUGAUGAUCCUACAGGUGCUAGAUCCGGCAAACCGGUUGUCGUUAUUGAUGACUGUCAAUUUCAUCAAUGCGUUAAGCUUAGCAAAUUUGAGACCGAACAUUCCAUUAGUUUUAUACCGCCGGAUGGUGAAUUCGAACUAAUGAGAUACCGUACCACGAAGGAUAUAUCAUUGCCCUUCCGAGUGAUACCCUUAGUACGCGAGGUGGGCCGAACGAAAAUGGAGGUCAAGGCGGUCCUAAAAUCAAACUUCAAACCUUCAUUGCUGGGGCAGAAGAUAGAAGUGCGUGUACCGACACCGUUAAAUACUGCCGGCGUACAGCUGAUAUGUUUGAAGGGUAAGGCGAAAUACAAAGCAUCGGAGAAUGCAAUUGUCUGGAAGAUCAAGCGCAUGGCCGGUAUGAAGGAGACGCAGUUGUCCGCAGAAAUCGAUUUACUAGAAACGGAUACGAAGAAGAAGUGGACGAGGCCACCGAUAUCGAUGAAUUUCGAAGUGCCGUUUGCGCCUUCCGGCUUCAAAGUGCGCUACUUGAAAGUUUUUGAAUCCAAAUUGAAUUACUCUGAUCACGAUGUGAUAAAAUGGGUUCGUUACAUAGGGCGCAGCGGCUUAUAUGAGACGCGAUGUUAAUGAUUCAGAGUUACGAUGUCGAGACGUAAAUAAUUGUAAAGAAGUAAUCUCAAUGCGGAAAUCACGGCUACGAAUAUCGAUAUUGGCUAUUUCUCGUUAUUAUUUCAUUGUAGCGCAUAUUCGAAGCAACGAUCUGAAAUUGUUCGGAUGAUUAAUUCCGAAUCAUGCACGAUAAGUAGCGAAGUUAUGGACAAUGUAUCGAAUGAAUUCCAUUGUCAGCACAAAAUUUCUAUAUAAUUGCAGGAAAUAUUUUCUGUAUAUUAUACAUUCUGUAGAUUGUACAUUCAUUUUUAUGAAUUAGAAAAAAAAUAUGGUAUUAUGUUAGAAGAAAAUGAUAUGUUAGGAGAAAGUUUUUAAACGCAAAGAUUAAAAUGAAUUCCAACUUGUGUGGAAAGAUGGUAAAUGAAUAUCAUGGUAAUCAGUAUCAAGCAGAUUGUUUCUUUUGUGCCAAUUUUUCACGUCGUUUAUUUUUUCCACAUCAAUUUUUAAUUGCGCCAAUGGAUGAUAUCGGGUAUGAUCAAAUUUUGUUACUUUUUUUAAUGAAAAAUUUGGAAAUUACGAUAAUUAGACAUAAUCAUAGAUAUUGUUUAUAUGUAUUUACUUGACCCACCCAAUGAGAUUUUUAUUAUCUUUUGCUUUGUUUUUGUACCGAGAACCGAUCAUUACGAGUUUUAAAUAUUACAAUAAUUCUAAGCUAAGUAAUUAAAUACUUGCUUCUGGAAUUAAUACAGCUAUUAGAAUGAUCUAUAUUUAAGAAAUAUAAAUACAUUUGUAGGUUUAUUAUACAUAACGAAUGUUUUUUCGGAGCGUAUCAUGAAUUUCUUUAUUAUAUACGUAUUAAUAUACAUAUUAAAAUAUUUUAAUUACUUUUUUCUUUGUGUAAUGAUGUACGAAGUUACGGUUUGUUUGGCAUCGGGGUUUGAGCGAAACUGAGCAAAUAUGCUACGGAUUAUUUGGUGCAAGCUUGCGAAGCGCUCAAUGAAAUGUAGAAUACUAUAAUCUGUUAUCCGUGCAUAAGAAUAAGAGUAGAAAGAACAUAUUGAUCGAUUGUACGAGCGUGAUUGAUUUUGUCUCUCUAAAGGAACGCUCGAAUGCAUAAUGAAAUAUAUGUGAAAUAUAUAAAACAAAUUAUCUAGCGUUAAAUUUAA